AUGCUCGACGCUCUCCCGUCCCGGCUGGGCGCGAUGUACCAGAGCAUUCCGACCAAGGACCGCCUCUGCGAGAUCGCCACCCUCGCCUAUCACGACGGCGAGGCGCGCGCCAGCCUCGUCGGCUCCACCCUCCACUCCACCGGCGCGGACCGCUUCCUCUCAGAGGGGCAGCUCUUGGCAGUCUCAGAAUUGGUCCAGGACGGGGAUGCGACUGCCCUGAUCGCCGAGGGCAAGAAGGCGGCGGAGACUUAUCUCUCCAAGGCGGCGCUGGUGGAGAAGAAGGAGGCGGUGCUCGUGGACGUCAAGGAGCUGGCGGCAGAGAAGUUUGUUGCGCCCGCCAAGGCGGCAGAGAAGUUUGUUGCGGCCCGCGCCGCUCCAUACCUGACCAAGGUGGCCGACAAGAAGGCGGCACUCGUCGAGACGAAGGAGGCGAUUCUCGCCGACAAGCGGCUGAGCCGCGCGCUUGAGGCGCUCGCGAUGGCGCGCGACCACCCAACCGAGACGGCAGUCGCGCUAAAGGCGAGCGCGAUCUCCCUCCUGCAGUACGACAAGGUGGCCGAGUAUCGCGACUAUGUCCAGGAGACCUUCGCCACCGAUCUUGUGGCCAAGUUCGCCCCGCAGCUCUCCGGUCCCGAUCUCGGCGACGCCGCCCAGCACGGCAUCACUCGGGUCCGUGCUACGAUGGCGGCGUUGUCGACCGAGCUCUACUCGUUCCCGCACGAACGCGUCAACGUAUUGAGCUUCAAGGCACGCUCGCUCCUCUCCGAGCUCACUCUGCAAGCCUCGCAGCUUCCGAACGCCGAGUCGACGCAGGCGGCCCUCGCCUCCCUCGCCAAACUUCUCGCGCCGGAGCCGGUAGUCGAACCCGCCGCUGAGUCUGCGACUACAGCGACCGACGAGGAGCGCACUGCGGUGAGGGCGAGCCUCCGCGACCGCCCCAUCGCCCGCGCGCGAGCUAAAUCCCUGCGUGUCAUGGCGGACUCCAAGUCGGGGCUGAUCCUGUAA